AUGGGGAACAACUUUCUUCAAUGGAUUCUGACGCUUUGCAUGUUUUACUCAGUGUCAGGUGAAGGUUGCUCCCUAAUCCUCAAGCCCUCCAGGGUGGUGGUGGGCUUUGGGGAGCCGGUGUCAGUCAGCUGUGAAGCCGCUCGCCCGGUACGUGUCCUGGGCUGGGAAUCGGCCAUCAGCGCUGCACACACUCAACAGGACCUGUCUGUCCAGUGGAAGGUGGACAGUCUCAUUGAUUGGAUAGAGGAGCCUAUCUGUUAUGGUGUGUUCUUCACAGCUCCGAGACAGUGUGAGGAGAAACUCAACCUGGUUCUUUACAAAACCCCGGAUAGUGUCUCCAUCAGGCCUGUGAACCACACUGGCCCCAUGGUGGAAGGGAAAGAGUACCAGUUACUCUGCGAGGUUCAGAAUAUUGCUCCUGUUCAGUACCUCACUCUGAGGUGGUACAAAGGGCAGACUGAGGUUUAUAACCACUCCUUCUCUGACCUCACAUCUUCCUCGCCCGUUCAAGUGUCCUCUAUCCUCCUGAUCACACCAACCAAAGCUGAGAAUGGAGCACAGUACAGGUGUGCAGCAGUGCUGGAGCUCGGUCCAGAGGGACCACAUCCACCUCCUACUGUGACCUCGGAGCCUCUUAAUGCCUCUGUGUACUUCCCCCCAAUGUUCCUCAGUCCUGAAUCAGAAGUUUUGGACCUUAUAGUGGGUUCUGAAAUGACCUUGAACUGCACUGCCACAGGAAACCCAACACCUGUGUACAGCUGGCAAUCCUCCCAUGCCAUUCAGGCAAGGAUGGAGGAAGAAGCAGUUAUUACCUCAUCCUCGCUUCUCCCAGGGACCUACAUCUGCACUGCCUCCAAUACACUGGAGAAGAAGAGCAAGGAGUUUAUUGUCAAGGCCAAGACCAAAGGUAGAGGGGAAAGUGCACAUGUGCAAGUUGUCUCUUUAUCCUGCGUCCUAAUCAGCGUCUUCUUUUGCUUUCACUUAGGUAUUUGAAACAAGAGAUCUUGAGAUGGGAUCAGAUGACCACAUUGGACACACAAGGAGAAUUAAACUAAGGGGAUUUUACUGUUGCAUCUUUGGAGAUGGAAAUGACAAUGCAUUCAUGAUUCAACAGAUAUUUAUGAGAAUCUUGGUAUCAGGCAAAAUUAGAUCUCUCUUAAAGAUCUGAAUAAACUAUGUACGAUAACUGUCAUUUAAUUUUUCACUAUUUUCCCAUUUAACGUGUUCUGUGAGAUAGAUCGGUGGUUUAGUAUAUAAUACACUUUUUGUGCUUUCCAUGUGAUAUCCUGUAUCUAAUUUAUAUUUUUCCUAGACUUAUUUUCCUAUUAAUGAAAUUAUCUUGUAACAUUACAAUUGUGUAGCUAUACUCUUGAUAGCUAUAGCAAUGAUGACUACAUUAUCAUUAAUGCAUCAACUUUAAUACUGAAUGUUAAA